GCGAUGUUUACGAAAUCUCGCACAGCAAAACAGAAAAUCAAGCACGCACGUUUGUCACAGACCGUUUUUUAGUGGGUCGUUCCGAAAACACAAUGGCCACUGAGGAAGGUACCGGCCCAUCUGCGGAAGAAGUGGCCAUGAUUGGGUUUCAAAUUAUCGCCCUAGCCAAGGAGAAACCUGGUGGAAUCAACAACGACGAUCUGGUGGCGACCCUUCCCGAAGUGAAACCAGAACAACGGGUCCAGGCGCUGAACCGACUGUUGCAAGAGGGUGUGCUAGAGAUCUUAAAAAAAGGUCAAACCCUCAUCUACCGGCUCAAGGAUCCGACCAAAAAGAGCUCGGCCCCGAAGGACAUCGACAACGAGGAGAAGAUCAUAUUCAACAUCAUCGAGGAGGGCGGAAACAAGGGUAUCUGGAUCCGCGACAUCCGGGUCAAGUCCAAUCUGAUCAUGACUCAACUGAAUAAGGUGCUGAAGCAGCUCGAAAAUAAGAAGUUGAUCAAGGCUGUUAAGUCUGUUAAUGCAAGCAAAAAGAAAGUAUACAUGCUGUACAACUUGGAGCCGGAUCGUUCGAUUACCGGAGGGGCUUGGUACCAGGAUCAGGACUUUGAGGCGGAAUUCGUUGAUGUGUUGAAUCAGCAGUGCCUUCGAUUCCUGCGGAUGAAGCGAGAAUCGGCUAAGGAGUGUCGAGAUGGUCCUCUGGCAGUCCAGAAAAUGUCCUACUGUUCCGUGGCCGACGUUCAUAAAUUUAUAUCCGAUUUAGGUAUUAGUAAAAUCAGUCUGGAUGAGGAUGACUUGGAGACUAUUUUAAAAACGGUCGUUUACGAUGGCAAAGCUGAAUCGAUCCUCACGGGAGAUGGGAAAAAUAUGUACAAAGCGGUGGAGGCACCAUUGCCCGCACCUGGUUUGGUUCAAAUGCCCUGCGGUAUUUGUCCAGUGAUCAAAAACUGCUCAGAUUGUGGAGAAAUCACGCCGAAACUUUGUUCGUAUAUAAAUGAAUGGUUGGAUUAAAGUAGGUUUUUACAAUA